AUGAGCUGGUUGGAAAAAUCAUUUUCUGGCCUGGUAGGGUCUAUCAAAGAACAUGUCGAAAGAAUAGUUGCAAAUGUUCCCGAGACUGAUCGGUCUCCAGAACAGCUGGACUCCCGGAACGAUGCUGAGCUCUUAGUGGCCGAUCUUGACAUGUUAGAGCUGUGGGAGUAUCUUCCGGAAGCUUUAGAAAACCCAUGUAGUUCCGAUUCAUCCGAUAAACUCGAAACCUUAAGGGAAUGGGAGGCCUUAGCAGUAGAUUUGGAACAGCAAAAUCGCUGGAACGAAAUUGACUUCGGCCGGUGUUCAGCAAUUUGCCAAACAACGAUGGGAGGCGACAUUCCUUUCGAGAUGACAACACCGUCCGAGCGCAGGGUAUUCCUGACUGAGCCUUCAAGUCAUCUAUAUGACGUUCUCGUGCGUCUGUCACGCUGUUGUGGAAACCACAUUGCGCGUCUUCAUUUGAAUGGUUUCCGCACCGAGAACGCAGACGCAGCCGGUCGAUUUUCUCUGUUCCUCUCAUCCAACUCAGAACUGGAAAUAAGUUGGCAUGAAGCUUAUUACGACAUAAUCGUACAGGAUACCGAUGUAGAAGCUUCUGCAUACCCGGAUGACUUCUGCAGGCUUCUAAGUCUCUGUAAAGAGUCUAUAAAGCCUCUGUAUGUCAGUAUACGACAAGCUAGCGAUAGGAGGCCCAUUAUCGUUGCGAAUGAGAAGAAAUCGAAGCAGAGGCCUCACACCCCGACACAAUGUCUCGGUAACCUUCUUGACCAAGGUUGGAUCGGCAGUCAUGAUCACUGCCCCAUGGACGGAGGCAUACUUCCUGCGGAAAGGGCAGCACUUUCCCUGAAUCUCGCGCUAGCUUUAGUUCAUGUUUCUUCGGACGCGUGGGUCCAAAACGAGUGGAGCCUCGACAACAUCUUUCUAUCUUGGAGCCCAAGAGCGUCAGAUGGCUCAAACCCCUCGACUAUAGAUGCAGAGAGGCCAUACUUGUCUGUCCGACUACCAAACGAAAAAGGAACGCCAUCUUCAGAUAAGAAAUCCAAGACAGGCACCAUUGAAACUCUAAUGCUGUCAUUCGCCCAAGUUCUCAUGGAAAUUUCAACUGGAAAGAGAUUGCCGAGAGGUCCUCAAUCAGGAUCUGACAAACGCAGUCGUCUCAAAACCUGGGCCCAGAGUCGUGAUUCUCAAUACAGCCUUCAUGGAUCUGUAAAAAAAGCUAUAAAUUCAUGCUUGAAAGCGGCUGAUUUUGAAGAACAGGGCGAGAUGUCGAUCAAUGAAUGGAUAUAUGACACUAUCAUUCCGCGAUUGAAGAGGAAUUGGGUUCAAUACGAGAUACCCGUCUCACCUGGAUGCCGAGAAUGGGACACCAACUUCCCUACCCAAGUGACAACACAGGUGCCAAGCCGCAGUGAAGGCGUGGUCAAUGAGACAACCCCCUUGAGUUUAGAAAACUUCCACGGCAGUGUUUCUGGAAGUCAUGGAGAGAACUCAUCUCCCCUCUGGUUUAGAAAGAUGAAUGACGUUUAUUCCAUUUUGAGUCCUGGUAAACAGUCUACCCAGACUCGAGUAGCAGUACUGGAUACCGGUAUUACUCAGGAAGAGGCAAAGCAUUUCGGAAUUCAAGCUCACUCAUAUCGCGACUUCACUAGAACUGAGCAAGUACAGAUGACAGAUAUUACGGGGCAUGGCUCGAACAUUGUGAAGCUAAUUUACCGAAUGUGUGACUCCACUGAUGUUUUGGUGGCUCGAGUCUGGGAGAAAAACAACGAAACCGGUGGUACUGCAAAGGCAGUAGUCGAUGCAGUGAACUGGGCAGUUGAGCAGAAGGCGGAGGUCAUUUGUAUGGCCUUUGGGUUCACGACAAGAGUCCCCGAUCUUCGGAAAGCCUUGCAAGAUGCUAUUAACAAGGGCAUCCAUGUGUUUGCUGCAGCUUCCAAUACCGGAAACAUUGCACAAAUCACGUACCCAGCCGCUUGGGGUGGGGACAUAUUUUGUACUUUUUCAACGAAUGGCAACAUCAAGAACUCUCAUGAUCUCAAUCCAACAAGCCGCCAUGAGAACAACUUUGCCAUACUAGGCGAGAAUGUGGAGCUUUCCGAUAACACAAGACAACCCAGAACGGUGUCCGGCACGUCUUACUCGACUGCGCUUGCCUGCGGCUUAGUAUCUCUCUUGCUGAACUUCUCAAAGCAAGUUAGAGACCCCGAAGGCAAAAGGGAGCAAAUUGCGGAUGUUUUGAAGUACAGGAGUCAUUUGACCCAAGUACUUGGUAUGAUUUCAGAACCCGAUGGGUGUUAUCGGUGUAUCGUCCCGUGGAAGUUGUUGCCAGGGAACCUACAACGACAGCUUCCCUUGAAGGAAGGGUUUGGCUUCGACGAAAGUACAAGGGAUAAGAUAAGAACCACGGUGCGCGACAAAUUGAUCGAGACGCUUGACUUGGCUGAUGAGAUUUGGCGUUACUGA